UAUUGUUGUCCGGUUAUGAACCACGUCAUCUUUAAAACAGGUCGGACGAGAAAGCAAAGGAUAGAUUUGUAAGAAAGACCCCAUCGGGCGAGAAAGAGAAAGAGAGAGAGAGAGCGAAGGAGAAUAAUUUCUCAAUUGAUUUUUGUUUGACAUUUUUUUUUUUUUUUGAAAACGAGAUUUUCGUUGUGAGGGGAGGAUUUGUGUUACUGGUGGUGAGCUAUGGCCGGAGCUACAGAUUUGGGUUGCGGUGAUGAUCGCAUAAUAAUUGGUGACCAAUCGGACGGUGGAAAACGCGGGAACGAUGAGGAUGGUUCUCCAACUCGUGUCGAAGUCUCAUGCUCGAUUUGCCUCGAAUUGGUGCUCGACGAUGGUACCAGAUCCAAGGCUAAACUCCAAUGUGGUCACCUUUUCCAUUUGGAUUGCAUUGGAUCUGCUUUUAACAUGAAAGGAGCCAUGCAAUGCCCUAACUGUCGUAAUGUCGAAAAGGGUCAGUGGUUGUAUGCUAAUGGCUCUACUCGCCCGCUUCCUGACUUUUCCUUGGAAGAUUGGAUCCCUGAAGAAGACUUGUAUGGUUUAACUUAUCCCGAAAUGCAAUAUCGGGUCCAUUGGUGCCCGUUUGGUGAACUCGCUCAAGCAGGUUCUUUCGAGAAACUGUUGAUAAUAUCAGAAAGCAUUUCUCUUUCCUUAGAUCAUAAUGAUUUCCAUGGACACCACGCCGCUGCUGUCAAUCAUUCCUAUCUUGCUUACGUUGGACCGGGACCGAGAACUAGCGAGAACAACAACAACACUGAUGAUCAUCCCUCCUGGAUCAGCCACCCUAACGAUCACUUUCACCAGCUUGCUGUUGCUCCCCAGUAUCAUCAUCAUCAUCAUCAUCAUCAUCAUUCCCCAUCGUUUUCUCUACCCGGUUCUCAGGUCGUUGAUGGUGAAAAUGACUCUUCAGCAGCACGUGGCAUAUCUUACCCACACCCAUUUCUUUUUAGUCACCGGUCUAAUCAAAGAACCUCACCAGCAAUUAACAGUCACCAAGGAAGUAGCAACCAAAUGCGCGAACACCUUCAUACACAACAUCAUCAUGUUUUUAAUCAUCCGAGGCAACAUCAUGCCGCCAAUGGUCCCACUCUCGCAUCGCCUCUCAUCUCUGUGUCAAGAAGGGGAUUACCACCACCACCGCCACCGAUGCCGGAUCAGAACGUUGGAUUCUUUGUUUAUCCACCACCAAGCUCAUCAGGUGGACACCUUGAACCAGAAACCGAUCAAUUUCAUGGUUGGGAGAGAGAUUGGUUUCCACAUUUCCCUGUCCCUUCGAAUCACCGCGCAAUCUCUAGCUUAUGGCCGAGACACUACUGAGAUCAGAUGUUGUUGUGUCUGAACUCUGAAGUCGCCUGGAAGAAUUCUAUCAGGCUUAUGAACAAUGUAUAAAAGAAAACUGGGGACUUGUUUGAUGGAUCAAAACUUGUUUAUGAUGUAACUAUAACUGGUUUCCAAUGUACAUUGUGAGCUUUCCAAGAAUCGUUGUUGUUACUAA